AUGGAUAUGCAGGUAGACAUACUCAAUGAGACGCUUGUGGAUACGCAUCUCGUACUUGUCCCAGGUCUUGGAACCCUCACCGUUGGGGGUCUUGCGGGUAGAGAUGUGGAGGGUCUUGGUAGGGAGACGGACGGGGCCCUUGACCUGCAGGCUCUUGGAGCGGGCACGGUCGAUCAGCUCCUGGCAGACCUUCUCGAGGGAAGCGACCUUGCGGGAGAACUGCCUGCGCUGGCACCUGUGCCCCCACCCGCAGUGCGGAGCAGGAUACAACAUGAGGACUGGGAUGCCUUUCUAGAUGCGUGGACGAUGCUGGUGAAGAUCCGGCUAGAGGCUUCUGAGCAAGCCUUUGCGCAAUUUACGCCUAACGACGGAUCAGCCGUGUCCUUUCUGUGCUCAUUCUUCCAUGAACUAUCGGCAUCAGAGGGUUCUCCAUCACGACAUUCAUUCGAUGCUGGUCCGAAAUCAAAGGGGUUGAGAAAGCUCUCUUUUCUUCUCACCAGGAGGCUUCUCCUAGAGCAGCCGUCUACGGUACCGUCUGAGCUUCUGGGGUGGGGGUUUCUCAGUGAUUUGUCCUGCUGUUACCCCUCCAGUACGACUUUGAGGAAGUUGAUGAUCGAAGUAUGGAACAAACACGAAAGCACGAUUGUUUCGAGUCUCGAGAAUGCCAAAGCUGCUAUCAUCAAGAGCCUGUCGUCGAGUGCAACUUCAGCAAGCGCGCAGGCGAUCUCCGAUAUGAGAAGACUCACUGUUCUGGCUUCUGUAUUACCGGCUUGUGGGCAGGUCCUUAUGGUAGGCUCAGACUUCCUGGAUACGCUGUGUGAGGCAUAUACCACAGACCCGAGAGAAGUACUUCGAAGUAUUAUUGUGGCGACUAUCUAUGUGGGUUUGAUGACGUUGUUAAAAGAGCCCAAGGCCAACCUGUCGCUACUCCUGGAUCAGCUCUUCAGUCUGAAGGCCAGCGCUGGGGUUGGGACUCCAAGAGCAAACAAAAACGCUACACUUCUCUCAGACCUGAUAUGUAGUACAGACCUACUUGUUCGCCUGGAAAAGUACACAAGCAUCCAUCCACAAAAGAGAGCGCAGGAUCUUAUCGCCAGCUUACGCUCAUACCAAUCUCAUUCAAAGGAGUUGCAUCAUCGACAUCAAAGACAUAGGAAGCCAGCCCGACAUUCUGACAAGGGCAAGGGUCGUGCUGCUGCUGAUGGACCCGUUAUCCCUGAGCAUCUCCAUGCUCACAAAAUGUCACUUAUCACCCAGAUUCAAGACCUUUUCCCGGAUCUUGGACCGGGUUAUGUUGUCCGAUUGCUCGACUUCUACCAAGACAACCCUGAAAUAGUGAUUUCACAUCUGCUGGAUGACUCUCUCGCCCCGGAACUUCAAACACUAGACCGAUCGGAGCAACUCCACGCUCCCAUCAACUCAGUCCCCCAUCGGGAUGCACUAUUACCUCAGCCUACACCCCCGCAGAUUCCAUCACCGCCGCUUAAUCCGACCCCCGCCUCCUCUCGCAAGAACGUUUUCGACAAAGAUGUGGAUCUUGCAGAACUCACCCGUUCCUCUGACGGUCAAGCUCACGGCCGACUUCGGUUCGGCCGUGCGAAUCCCGAGCUCACUGCCGAUGCCAUCCUCGCAGACCGCAGCCGCCAUGCCGUCAACAAAGCAGCCAUCAUCUCCGCCCUGGCGACAUUUGAUUCCGACGACGACGAGCGAGACGAUACCUACGAUGUAGCAGACGUGGGCGGAACCGUCGACACAGGCGCAAAUGCCGACGAUGCCGACGCGGAGCGCCGCACCCGACAGGCAGAGGAGCACGAGGUGACGCUGUUCCGCACGUACAAGGCAAAUCCCGCGCUAUUCGCGCGCGACUCGGCAACCCGGCGCGGACAGCCGCGCGCCUCUCUCAAGCGCGAAACCGGUAUGACCGACGAAGCGAUCGAGGGAUGGGCGGUGAUGUUGGCGCGGGACCCGAAGCGCCUCGCGAAGCUUGAAGAUCACUUCACCCUGGGAGCAGGCGGGGCCGGCGCUGCGGCUGUCCAGCCCGAUCUUCCGUCCACGGCGUACCGAAAACCCGGCCGGGAGGAGGUCGAUGACGACGAGUCCGACGAAACAGGUGGUACCGAUGGUGGUGCGUUUUCUGGGAGAGGCGGACGAGGCGGACAGGCCCGUGGAGGGGGAGGCCGUGGAAGGGGCCGUGGAGGAGGGCGAGGCGGUACCGGGAGGGGGAGAGGAGGGACUACCGGGUUGUCCGGUGAACAGAGCCAAACUAAUACUCCAUUAUCACACCAGAGAAAGGAGCAGCACAAGGCUAGCAGGGCGAACCAUAACCGACGGAAUCAGAGGGCCAAGAAGGUGGCUCGCGGGGGUGGGUUGCCGGGUUAG